GUGCGCGCGCACCCGUUCCCGAAACUAUGUUGUGCGAGGCGACGCACGGGGCGGCGCCGCUCCCCUUGUUCGCCAUACUUGCGCUGGAGCUCAGAGCAGCGAACGCACUUACUGCAAAGGCACCUGAAAUCACUACUGCACACCACAUAAAGACAUGGCUGAGGAUGAGGUGACUCCAGAGCAGCUAGCAGCCAUUGCCGCCGAGAAUGAGGAGCCAGAACCGGUGAACUACAAGCCACCAGCCCAAAAGUCGGUGAAAGAGAUCCACGAUCUGGACAAGGACGAUGAGAGCCUACGCAAAUAUAAGGAAGCCUUGCUCGGGUCUGGGAUCACUGAGACUGAUCCAACUGUUCCCAAUGUCCAAGUGACCCGGAUGUCCCUGCUCUGUGAAACCGCCCCAAACCCACUGAUCCUGGACCUGCAAGGAGACCUGGAAGCCUUUAAGAAGAACCCCUUUGUUCUGAAGGAGGGAGUCGAAUACAAAAUAAAGAUAAGCUUCAAGGUGAACAGGGAGAUUGUUUCGGGUCUGAAGUAUGUGCAACAGACAUACAGGAAAGGAAUGAGGAUCGAUAAGUCGGACUACAUGGUGGGCAGCUACGGGCCUCGUGCCAAUGAAUACGACUUCCUGACCACGAUGGAGGAGGCUCCUAAAGGUGUUAUGGCCCGCGGCAACUACGACAUCAAAUCCAAGUUUACUGAUGAUGACAAGCACGACCACCUGUCCUGGGAGUGGAACCUCAACAUCAAGAAAGACUGGAAAGACUAAAAAAAAAAAAAAAGAGGCCUUUGUCCCCCCAGGCCCCUGUGCGUUCCUCAGCCGUCCCCCCGCCCGUGUCCACCAUUUCUGCCUUCUUUGUUUUGACUUGGUUGUGCAUUUCAUGCUCUCAUGCCUUAGUUCCCGCCUCUCUGUCUUAACACCCUGGCAUCCUUCUUUCCACUUCUCUGUCAGCAGCAGUAGCAGCAGCAGUAGCAGCAAACUCAUCCGUCCAUCACCCUCCCCAACAUUUCACUGGUUGCACACGAGUCACCAACCUGCUUUCCUCACUCACUCCACCACCACCACCCACCAAGCUGUGCCAUGUAGCACCUUACUUCCUCACACCCAGCCCUCGACUUUUUCUUUUGUCCCAGAUGUUUUGCUGCUUGAAGAGAUUAACCCCGCCUUCCACCUCUCCAGAAUGGUGUCUUCCUCUCUCAGUAUGAAGUACAUGUGGAAAAGCAACUGUACAAUCAACUUUUGUUUGCCUUUUUUUAUAUAAUUGUAUCAAUGGUUGUGUAAUGUGACUGUAUUCACAUCACUGUUAAUCAGCUGUUAUGUUCAUAGCGGGCCCCACCACAUCCACCUGCCCCCUCCUGAACCCAGCCAACCCUCACACUACAGCAUUCCUUUGCUUGCCUAUUUACUUGCUUGCUAUUUUGAUAUGAUUACCAAUAUCUGCCUUGGAAAAACAAUUCAUUCAGAUCUGUUUCCCUUCCCUAAAUGUAUUCACCCAUCCCCCCUUCAGAUGGGGACUGGGGCCAAAGUGAACAAGGGAGUAAAACAUAUAAGGGUGAACAAACCCUGCCUUAUGUAUCGACUCAUGUCCAAACUAAUUAGCAUGCCUUGUGGGUACGAGCAGUGCUUGCUAUCAGGUAGUAUCAAGGGCUUACUCUCGCUACCAACUAAUAACCACCUGUAGCCCUGUUGUAGUAGAGACUGUUUAUACAGGCUACUGAGAUGCAGCUCUGUACACGCUCACUGCCCCCCCCCCCCCCCCCCCCCCCCAUAAUAAACUUACUUACUUAUGUUAAGAAUUGGAGAUACCAAACCCAGUGCAAAUCAGUACUGAUAAAUCACGGCACUCUUUCUUCCUUUUUAGCCAUGAGGCCUUAGCACUAACUACGAUCAUGUGGAGAAAAACAAAAAAAUGUCUAAUUUAGCCUUUUUUUUUUCUGUGUUGUUCCCCUUUGCCUUAAUGUACAUCAUUCCCCCUACAAAGCCUCCAACCUCUCCCCACCUCUCUGCUCUCACUAAUUCAGAUUGCUUCAUAACUCGUAGCCUGCAGUCAGGUGUGGAGGUGUAGUACCAGAGAAAAGCACAGGAUGGAGGCUGAGCCAGGCACCGUGUGCUGCUGCUGCAUGAGACCUCGGCGGUGUCUGGUCUGACCCACAGACAGACGCUGGUAGAAAAGAAAGAAACACUGACCUGGUGUUCCUCUGAGAAAGAAAUGAAGGGUCAUGUGACACUACAAGACAAACAUGUUCAGUAUUAAAUGAGAGGAGGAGGGGUUUUAAAACACAACUGACCUGUAACAUUUGACUCAAAUCGAGUUGUACUGUACCAGAACAUAUGGAUGUAAAACUGUUUUUUUGUUUGUUUGUUUCUUCUGAUAAUAAUAACUAUGUAUUCCUGCACCAUACAUUCCUUCACAUUGUACAGUUUCUAUGAAAAUGCUGGCAUGCUGGUGGGGUUGUAUAUUCUAUCAUCAUUUGUGAUUGCUCUUCUCGGUCAAUAAAGAUUUUGCUCAACUUGG